AUGCACGCCCAACUGCUUGCCUACGCAGCCGUUCUCGCCAUCGCAGCCAAGGUCAUCUAUACCUUGUAUUGCCAACUCGCCUCACCCUUAAGAGACGUCCCUGGCCCUGCCGCCGCCCCAUGGACCAAGCUCUGGUACUUCCGAAGCAUCUGGAGAGGCGACGCUCAUCAAGAAAACAUCGGCCUUCACCGCCGAUAUGCUACUCCAGGUCAAUUCUACGCCCCCAUUGUCCGCCUGGGUCCGAACCUCUACUCCAUCUCUCAGCCCGACAAGGCCGUCUAUGGGAUCGCUAGCAAGAUGGAAAAGAGCUCUUGGUAUGAAGGCUGGAAGCACCCAAGCCCCGAGCGAUGGACCAUGUUUCCCGGCCGCAACAUUACGCGUCAUGCUGAGACUCGACGAAAGUUUCAGUCCAUGUACUCGAUGAGCUCGUUGCUUCACUACGAGCCGCUGGUCGAACAGGCCCAGACGGUCUUCCAGCAACGUCUGGUCGAGAUUGCAAACAAGGGCGUCGCUGUUGAUAUGCACCACUGGCUACAGUGCUACGCCUUCGAUGUAAUCGGUCACAUCACCUUUGGGCGACGCUUUGGUUUCCUCGAUGAUGGGCAAGAUAUUGAGAAUUGCAUGGCGAACCUCGAGACGACGAUGAUCUAUUCAACGCUCGUCGGCGUGUAUGCUUGGGCACACCCGUAUCUGUACAGAAUUCUGGAGAAGCUGCCUGGAUCGGGCGCCGCUGCACGGAACUUCCUCGUAUCCAUUGUACGCAAGAGGAUAGCGGAGAGGCAAGCCCUACGCCGGGAAGAUGAGAAGAGCGACAGAUCUCGAGUAGUUGAAGCUGGCGCGGCGAGAGAUUUCCUGGACGUCGCAAUGGACGCUGCGAAAGAUCCAGAGAAGGGCAUGACGGACUACAACGUCUUCAUGAUGGGGCAGAGCAACAUCAUUGCCGGUUCGGAUACAACGGCCGUCUCUCUGAGCAGCGUUCUCUCCAACCUCGCUCGAUCCCCUGACGUCCUGGCCAGCUUGAGGGGAGAACUCGAUCAGGCGACUAAACAAGGCAGAAUGACACCUGAUCACAUCGCCUUCAAGGAGAGCCAAAACAUGCCUUACCUGCAGGCUUGCAUCAAAGAAGGCCUUCGCCUUUGGGCAGCUACGGGACUGCCACUCUGGAGAGUCGUUCCCAAGGGCGGCGCUCAAAUCAUGGGCCGCUUCUUCCCCGAAGGUAGUGAAGUCGGCAUCAACACAUGGGUCGCCCACUACGACCAAGACGUCUGGGGUGCGGAUGCUGCGCAAUUCCGGCCUGAACGCUGGAUUGAAGCACAAGACAAUCCGGAAAGGUUGAGGGUUAUGGACAACCAGUAUAUGCCGUUUGGGCUCGGUUCCAGGACUUGCAUCGGCCGACAUAUCUCCUAUCUGGAAAUGUGCAAGGUUGUUCCUAUGAUUGUCUCCAACUUCGAUCUGGAGCUCUUGGACCCGGCGCAUGCGAUGAAGGCUGAGAACUAUUGGUUUGUGCGGCCGACGAAUUUUAGGUGUGUCGUGAAGCCGAGAAAGGUUUGA